CUGUGUUUAGAUGUUUCUACAGUUUAGCGAUAACCCUCACUGAAAGAAAUCUCCUGCCGUAUGCGCAUUUUCAACAGUCAAAUAAGUUUAUCUUCCAUUUGAGGAAACUAUCUGUCUGGAAAGAUGUCUUACGGGAAAGCAGAGUUCCGCCCUGUCCUCAGAGACUUCAACUCUCUCAUUCAGACAUGCAGCUCAAACAUCCAGAAGAUCACACAGAACACCGCUCAGAUCAAGACCAUGGUGAACCAGUUGGGGACCAGGCAGGACACCACUGAACUUCAAGAUCGGCUGCAGCAGAUACAGCACUACACCAAUCAGCUUGCUAAAGAAACCAACAAGCACCUGAAAGAGUUGGGCUCCGUCCCUCUGCCAUCAUCACCCUCAGAACAAAGGCAGCAGAAAAUCCAGAGGGAUCGGCUCAUGAAUGACUUCUCUGCAGCUCUCAAUAACUUCCAAGCUGUCCAGCGGCGCGCGGCAGAGAAGGAGAGGGAAUCGAUAGCGAGAGCGAGGGCUGGUUCACGCCUAUCAGUAAGUGAGACACAGAACCAAGAGGACCUCGGUCCAAUUACCACCCAGACUGAAGAAGUGGGCAUUACAGAGGAGGACCUGGAGCUUAUUAAGGAGAGAGAAACCAACAUUAGACAGCUUGAGUCUGACAUCAUGGAUGUAAACCAGAUCUUUAAGGACUUGGCAGUAAUGAUUCACGACCAGGGAGAGAUGAUUGACAGUAUUGAGGCCAAUGUGGAGAACGCCGAGGUUCAUGUAGAACGGGGAGCAGAACAGCUGCAGAGAGCCGCUAUUUACCAGCAAAAAUCCAGGAAGAAGAUGUGUAUUCUUGCCAUAGUUUGUUCCAUUGUGCUCAUCAUACUCGCCGUCAUUAUCUACUGGGCUAGCAAAUGAGCUGAUUUCAUCCAAAUAUUGCCUCAGCACUCGAUGUAACCCUGCAACACCCCCUUCACCCCGACCUCACCGACAACAACCAGAGAAGCUCUUUGUAGUAAAACCAUCUCAGAAGUUCAUCAAAAUCCAGAGCUGGACAAUUUGAAACAUGUACUCAUCAUAAAUCCUUAAGUCGGCUGAUUUGUUAAGUAGAUGAAUAAGCUGCUUUGACUUUGGUGAGGAGGCUGUGGAGGGCGGGGCUUUGGAGCGGUCCCAUCAACAUAAUUCCUUCCUUUCCCGUACUUACUUUACUGCACUAACACUAGCUCUCACUGUAUAACACAUGUAUAAAUAAUGUAAGGAAUAACUUAAUAUUGGCAGAUUUCCUUUUAAGUUUUAUGUAUUUUGUUUAUUUGUUGUUUAAUUGAUGUCGUGGCAUCUUCUGAUGUAGAAGUAAACAGCCAUUUGUCUUUCUGUGAGUCGUUAGCCUCACAGUGAAGCAUUGGUAUUAUGGUAUUGAAGUGAGUACAUGUUGAAAGUACUAUAAACACAUCCGUAUUAUAAACAUUAUGUUGAGAACAUGAAGGUUGAUGUAAAAAUCUAAAAAAAUGAAAGAACAGACUUUGUAUAAAUCAUUUUAAGUUGAUUUCUAUGAUCUCUCCUUACAGAAACCGUAAUAAAUAUGUUA